CAAUUUCACUCUUCGUAUUGGACGCGGACCCGGGAAGGGCUUACGCAGUUUUACGAAAAACCAAACUGACUAGGUCGUGGAGAUUGUGCUAUGAUAUCAUGGAUUUUUUUGCUCCUGGUAGUCGUGCUUACCAUCAUCAACUAGCACGCUGGAAGCAUGGAUUCUAGUCCUGGUAGGCGUGCAUAUUUCCAUGAACUCGCACACUGGAAGCAUGGAUUUAGCUCCUGGUAGUCGUACUUACUAGCGUAUUUGAUCGUGUCGUGUCGGCCCGCUUCUUGUAUAUAGUAACUGCAGGAGUUACAUCUGGUUGUGGUACCACAUCAUCGAAGUGUAGGUGAAGUACGCUUUAAUUGUGAUAGUGAUGAUGAUAACGAUGACACGCUCACUCCGUCACAAGUGAGCCCACUCCUAUCCUAUCCUAUGACAAUAAUGAUGACGAUUUUCAUCACCUAUUCUGUGGGAUGUAGGUCUCGAUUUGUAGAAAUCUCUCAUAGUUAUCAUGUCCAGCAUGCCUUAGCUACUCAAGUUUCAAGAUCUACACCAUCUUUUUGCUGGAUCCUCAGGAAUUGAAUUCAUUUAUUAGGCGAUAAAAAACCACUUUUUCGAGAAUUCAACUUCAAAAUUCGAAAUUUGGAGCAAUUUCAUCCACAUUUCCAUCAUUCUGGAGGUUUUCUAGGUUCGUGGUACCUGGAUGUGGAUGAAAUUUGUGGGCCAAAUCCCAAGUAAUCAUCAAGGAGAUCUUCCUCUUGCAUAUCGUUCUUCUUAGACGGAGUUAACUACAAGUACGACUACUAAUACUACUACUAAUAAUUAGGUAACUGCUGCGACAACUGCUAUUUCUGUUGUUUUUUGUUUUGUGUACUAUACUGGUAAGUAGGUCGUAGUUCUAAGAAGCCACUGAAUGGACCGGACAAGCUCUGGCUUGCGACAGCGAUUGGAAUGUCCACCAAGCCUGUCCUGCCGCAGAUUAUCGCUUUCUCCAGGCAGCUGUCACCGGUUUGUGCGUCGCGGUUAUGAAGAUUGGCAUCUUGAGAAGCACAAGUGACAAGCACAAGUGAAGCAGUUGGCUUAGAGGUUUAGGCGUUGGCCUGUUUACUUAUCAGCGGUUCAAAGUUUUUCCUCUUCGACGUGCCCCGAGAUGAACGACGACUGUGCUUCAUUC